UAGAGGUGUCUAGAUAAAUAAAAAAAAGGGUGUGGAAGUGCUUAAAUAAGAAAACGGAUGUCCAAACUAUUUUUAUAAAGGAUUGGGCUUAAGCCCAGAAGAAAAGGGGGUGAAAAGGGAAAAAAAACGGGGUGUGCAAACUAAUUUUGUUUCUAUUAGAAGACUGGGCCUAUGCCCAAGUCGAAAUGGGGUGAAAAUAUGAACAAAGUGGGUGUAGCAAAGUUUUGUUUUGAAAUGGACUUGAGCCCAAAGAGAAGGGGGUGCGAAAUGGAAGCAGAGGGGGUGCGGAAGAAAAUUGUUUCUUUUUUAAAAAAAAAUUGCCAGCCCAGGCACCCAAGCCCAAAGCUAUCUAGAAACCUCAAGGGGUUCGAACCUCCUCACCCCAUUCUCCACUCCAACACCUCAGAGACUCCAAGUCUUUCUCCGCACCUACUUGCCUGGGGUUGGGGUCACCUCCCCCGAACGCGUCAUGCCGCCGCUCCCCUCCGACAGCCACCGCGUCCACCCGGCCAGCCUUGGCGACGCCGGCGUUAUCGCUUCCAUCCGGCCAGCCACCGCGCCACCACCUUCUCUCUCCCUCUUCGUCUCGCACAGCCAUCCACUGAGCCAACACCGCCGCGCGACCACGUUCCGCCAAGCUCUGGCCGUUAUCGGUGGCUCCGGUCACCGCUAGGAAUCCUACCGGCGUCAAGGCAACUAUCCCCCUAUUCGCCCUUUUCUAUUCCGGGUUGGGAUGGGGUUCGAAUGGGUGAAUGGAAUGGUUCUGGUGAAGAUGAAAAUACUGUUUUGUUAUUUUUCCUUUCUGUUGUAUCUUUCUGGGAGCCGAUCAUGGCGUAACAAGGAAAAUGAAACUAGGGAUGUGAUAUGCCUUGGACGGUGACGGAGAAAGAGGGACAUCCACACCAUAAUCAUAUUCAAACAGAGCAAUGCCGAGCAUAAAAAAUACAUACAAUACAUACAAUGCAGCGAGCUUUGAAGGAGUAAGGAUGCUUACCU